CUCGUCGCGUCGUCACGGGGUCACCACGGGGGUCGUCACGGGGUCACCACGGGGUCACCGCUCCGUGGGUGAGAAGGGAGCGACUCUCACGAGGUAUCGACAGCGAUGGGGUCGGCUGACGAGCAGAGACGUCGCAGGAUCCCGGGAAGCGACGACGCCACCGACGACGACGCCGACGAGGACGACGACGAGCCCAGGCUGUCGGCGCACGCGCUCGCCGCUCUGCGCGAGUUCUACGCGGAGCAGGGAGAGAAGGAGGCGGCGGGAGAGGCGGGAGCCCGGGCGGAGGACGAGGACCCGCCCGAGAACUGGCAGCUGAGCCAGUUCUGGUACACGGAGGAGACGGCCACGGCGCUGGCCAGGGAGGCCGUGGACGCAGCUGGGCCCCAGGGCCGAGUGGCGUGUGUCUGCGCGCCGAGCGUGUUCCGAGCGCUCCUCCGACUGCGCAAGUCCGAGGCGGCGGCGGCGGCAUUACCGGAGAAGUCCCAUUGCUCCUCCUCGCUCCCGCGGGAACCGACACAGACCUCGGUAUAAACAUACACACUCACACUCACUCACACUCACACACUCACUCACACACACUCACACACACUCAUACACACACCAACACACACUCACACUCACUCAUACACACACAUACACACACUCACACACACACUCAUACACACACUCACACACACACUCACUCACACACACUCACUCACUCACACACUCACUCACACACACACUCUCACACACUCAUACACGCACUCACUUACACACACACUCACUCACACACACUCACACAUA